UGAAGAGUAAUUUUAAAAUUAAUUUGGGGGAUGAAAUGAAAGCUGCACGAGUUGGCUGAGAAGAAGAGAAAUGUGGCUUCCACAUCCUAAAGGAGGAGCAGGGAUUAGAAAGGGAGAAGGAGGAGGCAAUGGAAUAGUGGCAGUGGCUAUAGAUAAGGAUAAAGGAAGCCAUUACGCUCUUAAAUGGGCUGUUGACUGUCUGCUUGGCAGAGGUCAGACUUUGAUUCUCCUCCACGUUAUGCACGGGACAUCCUCACAUGUUUCCGGAGGUAGCGAGGCCGUUAUAUGUAACAUCACCAGUUCAUCUGCGUCUCCACAGAGAUACCAACUUGAUACCACUACCAAGGAUUUGUUUCUCACUUUCCACUGCUAUUGUACACGCAAAGAUGUACACUGCCUUGAUGUCCUGCUUGAAGACAAUGAUGUUGUGAAAGCAAUAACAGAAUACGUCUCUUAUGCUGCGAUUGAAAACUUGGUGAUUGGUGCAACAUCCAGGCAUGGGUUUAUUCGAUUUAAGUCAUCGUCAAGUGCAUCAAGUAGCAUAUCAAAGGGGGCGCCGGACUUUUGUACCGUGUUUAUCAUUUCAAAGGGAAAAAUCUCGUCAGUUCGGAAUGCUACUCGACCAGCCGCACAUACAUCCCCACUUCUGAUCCAUAUACGGAAUCUAAAGAACAAGGACGAAAAUCAUCAAGAAAUACCCUUCAGAAAUACGAAUACCAGAGACAGGACGUCAUUCAAACCACAGAGCUGGCACGAAGAAUCUAUUCAGUCUCCAUUUUCAAGAGGAAGAGGCACGACUGGAUUGUCAUGCGUGGACUUCCCAGACUCAGAUACAGAAAUAUCAUUUGUAAGCUCCGAUAGGCCUAGCAGUUGUCGUUCGUCCUCCGUUUAUGACUAUAUUGAUGCAAGCCGAACUCCGCGGGUUUCUACCAGUUCAGAUCAUAGCUUUGGAUCAACCCGAUUGGGACUCAAGUUCAAUGACCUCGGUUCACCCGAUACGUCAUUUUCUCACGAAAGCAGUAGAACAUCAUUCUCAUAUUCAUCACAGAGCAUGGAUGAAGAAGCAGCAGAAGCUGAUAUGAAGAGGCUGAAGCUUGAGUUAAAGCAAACGAUGGAUAUGUACAGUACAGCAUGCAGAGAAGCACUAACAGCCCAGCAUAAGUUAGUAGAGUUGACACACUGGAGAAUUGAGGAAGAAAGAAAAUUAGAAGAGGCACGAUUGGCUGAGGAAGCUGCGCUGGCAAUUGCAGAGAAAGAGAAAGCAAGAUGUAGAGCAGCCAUGGAAACUGCUGAAGCAUCGAAGAAAAUUGCUCAGGUUGAAACACACAGAAGAGCGACUGUUGAAGUUAAAGCUCUUAAAGAAGCAGAGGAAAUGAGGAAGCUUUUGGACAAUCUAGCCCAAACUGAUGUAAGAUAUAGGAGAUACUGUAUAGAGGAGAUUGAAGCAGCCACGAACUUCUUUUCUGAAUCCCAGAAAAUCGGAGAAGGAGGUUAUGGCCCUGUUUUUAAAUGUUUCCUUGAUCACACUUCGGUUGCUGUCAAGGUUCUACGUCCAGAUGCUGCUCAAGGGAAGGCACAGUUUCAGCAAGAGGUUGACAUUCUGAGCUGCAUGCGACACCCAAACAUGGUGCUUCUUCUGGGAGCAUGUCCGCAGUAUGGCAUAUUGAUAUAUGAAUAUAUGGCUAAUGGAAGCCUGGAAGAUUGUCUGUUUCGAAAAAGGAAGAACAAGGUUCUGUCUUGGCAGCUGAGGUUGCGAAUUGCUGCAGAGAUAACGACGGGCCUUCUAUUCCUGCAUCAGACCAAGCCUGAACCUUUAGUGCACCGUGAUCUGAAACCAGGCAACAUUUUGCUAGACCAGAAUUAUGUGAGUAAGAUAAGCGAUGUUGGAUUAGCAAGGCUUGUCCCAGCAGUAGCUGAAGACGUAACACAAUGCUGCAUGACAUCAGCAGCUGGAACAUUUUGUUAUAUUGAUCCUGAGUAUCAGCAAACAGGAAUGCUUGGCGUAAAGUCGGAUGUUUAUUCUCUAGGGAUAAUUUUUCUUCAACUAUUGACUGGCAGACCUCCAAUGGGAUUAGCUCACCAUGCCGCCCAGGCUAUAGAGAAAGACACCUUUGAGGAAAUGCUGGACCCAUCUGUAACCGAUUGGCCUCUUCAACAAGCCUUGUGCCUUGCAAAGAUAGCAGUCAAGUGUGCGGAACUCAGGCGAAAAGAUAGGCCAGACCUUGCCCAAGUGGUGUUGCCAGAGCUCGAUAAAUUGAGAGACUUUGCAGAAGAAAACAUGACAGUGCGAUUGUUUCCCAUCAAUUUAGAAUGCACUGCGCCCUCACCCUGCCACAGUGAAACUUCUGUGCAACAGGAUGUGAUGAGCGACCAACGCCUUGUACAUUCCGUAGGCUCAUCAGCUCCAUCGACUCCCACAGAAGAAAAACAUUAAAUAUAUGCAUAUAUUUAUUAAUAUAGACGAGACUGCUUUAUUCUGCAGGAAUGUCAAAAUCUGGGAUGUACAUGCAUGCAGCGCCUAAACUCAAGCAGAGAAAAAUACAAGUAAAAAGUUUUUUUCGGUUGACAGUGUACACAUGUAACAAGGACUCAUUAUGUUCUAGGAUAUGUGGGGUGCAAACAAAGGUAGAGCCAGCAUUAAUUUUUGUAUUAUGUAAAUAUCUUAGAAUGUAAAUCCCACAUUUUCUAUACUCUGACAAAAAAAGUACGACAAUUUGGUAGUA